CGCAGUCGCGCCGGCGCUGGUGAAGAGCGCUUCUAAGUCGGCGGAGUGUGGGUACCUCUUGCAUUCCCCGGGACCGUCGUGCGUGAUACAGCAGUGCGGCCAUGGCAGAACCACAGUCCGCGUCCGGCGGCCUCACCGACGAGGCUGCCCUCAGCUGUUGCUCCGACCCGGACCCCAGCACCAAGGAUUUUCUCUUGCAGCAGACCAUGCUGCGAAUUAAGGAUCCUAAGAAGUCACUGGAUUUUUAUACGAGAAUUCUUGGAAUGACACUACUCCAGAAACUUGAUUUCCCCACCAUGAAAUUUUCACUCUAUUUCUUGGCUUAUGAGGAUAAAAAUGACAUCCCAAAAGAUAAAGAUGAAAAAGUAGCAUGGGCAUUCUCCAGAAAAGCUACACUUGAACUGACACACAAUUGGGGCACGGAAGAUGAUGAGACCCAGAGUUACCACAGUGGCAAUUCAGACCCUCGAGGAUUUGGUCACAUUGGAAUUGCUGUUCCCGAUGUUCAUGGUGCUUGUAAAAGAUUUGAAGAACUGGGAGUCAAAUUUGUGAAGAAACCUAAUGAUGGUAAAAUGAAAGGCCUGGCAUUUAUUCAAGAUCCUGAUGGUUACUGGAUUGAAAUUUUGAAUCCCAACACAAUGAUAACUAUUAUUUAGUUCUGUGAGAAUGCUGAUUUGAAAUUUCAGUGGAGACAUUGUAGAAGGUAAAACAGGAAAUCAUGUGAUUCAAGAUAUUCAGAUAACAGAAGCAUUCAGGACUGAUGGAUCCUUGUCCCAACUCAGAUUAUUCUUAAAUCUAUCUCCCUUUCCUCUUUCAGCUGUUUCCCUCUAACUGUUCAGUCACCCUAGUUUUAAUGUAGUGCCUUGUCUUAUGUCCUUGAAUAUAGUUGUGUAACUUUACUUUUUUGGGCAAUAAUUAGAACAGUUCCCUUCAGAGGCUGCAUUUGCCUUCCAUCUCCUGAAGAGAUACAAGUCUACAAGUCUGCCUUUGAACCAUCAUUUAAAAUAAAAAAAAAAAAACACUAAACAUGUUUUUGUUAUGGUUACCUUCUGGGGUUUCAGUUCCUCAGAAGUAACUUUUCACAAUGGGAAGUUAAAAACCCUGAACAAAAAUGAAGCUUCACAUAUAUUUCAAAUAGUAUAAAGUUUAUUUUACAAAAGAGAAGUGACUCUUGGGAGAAAUUUAGAAUCAUGCUGACACGGAUGCAGGUAGAAAUACUAAUUUCUUCUUUACAGAGUACUCUGAAAGUUCAAGGACUAGCCUCUUUGAGGAUGGGGAGGAGGAUGAGAAUAUUAUAUAGUGGUUAUGCAGACACAAACUAGACUGUCACAUACUUUAUCUCACUUAAUCCUCCACAGUGUCCUGUGAGAUAGAAAGCAGGUUAACAUGCAAAAUUAAUGAAUCCAAGGCAAUAUAAAUAGGCUCAAGUACUCAAAAUCUCAUUAUCAUCAUCACUUUUAGUAUUUAGCUGUACCUCAAAAAUUAGUACCUCACAACAUCUCCUUCAUUAGUCUUCUUUGCAAAAACCUUCAGUGAGUUUGAGCAUUGCCCUCUCAGCUUUGGAGCCUUGCGUACCAUGGUGAGGAAGAAGCAGUGGAGGAAGUCAGGAGCACACGGCUGCUCUGGGAAUGCCCGGCCGUCCCCGUGCAAGUGAUGCUUGUGUUACUUGUGAAGAGUCCCUACCCCAAGGUCUUCCGCAUUCCAGUAAUCAUGUAGGGUAAAUUACGUUCAGUGAUAACAUAACUUAGUUAUCAGAAAUCAGCUCAGUGAUCUUCCUUGCCAUGACUGAUAACUUGAUGGGUUUCUAAAACCAAACUGAUGUUGAAAAUUUCUUAUGGCCUAGAUAAUAAGAACAUCCAGUUUGUGGCUUAACUCCAUGUAGAUUUUAUGUGUGUGCGGACACUAGUGGAAGACCUUUGGAUAGGCCAUGCCAACUGUGCUUACGCUGUUAGAAGCAUUUUAUAUUUCCUUUUUGGAUGGAAUGGGUUUAUGUGAGCAAUUUGAACAAGUGGCAAUACUCACAGGCUGAAAAUAAAAUUUUAGAUAAGACUAUGCUUACUUUGUAAACUUCUAUCCUGUACAUUCUUUCUU